UGGACAGCUGAUUUCAUAAGAUGCCACGAUUUUUACGACAACAUGCUGUCGAUGUCUGCAAUGUACUUCGAAAGUACAAGUAGUUCAACCAGUAUUUCUUUGGAUGUCCUUUUGAGUAUGUUGGGGAAGUCAACACUGGCAUGGUGAAAUGAAAGAAGGAACACGAAGCUAUUAUCCUGGUCGCAACUGUAGAAGUGGCAGUAGGCCUGAGCUGAGGCAGAACCAGUAUUUAUGUGGGUGAUUGGUGCAAACGAGAUAGAAUUGCUUCAUUUCUCUCCUUGAAGUGCCAAAUGGCACGUUAUUGACGAGCUUGGAGAUAUUUCUACUGAUGUUGUCAGAAUGCGUGUGGACUUCUCUCAGAAUACUACUGAUCAUGGAAAGGUCAAUGUGCUGCUCUGUCCAGUUGGUGAACAGCUUAGCGAGAACUUCCUUGCAUGGAUUGAGCAAUCGAUUGUCAACGUUAUCAAAACUAAUUUUAGUCCAUCAAGAUAUCGUAGUUCUGCCCUGCGCGUCCUGAGGUCCGCACCAAAGCAGAGCGAUGAGUUGUGGGGAGAGUUCUUAUAUCACAGGCGCUUGCAUGGUGUAAUUGGCAUUUCAAAUUGCACCAAUAUUGAUCUAGUUGAACGUGCAGCGGAUGUGUUUACGGCACUAGCAGCCAGCUAUCCGCGUGCAUUGCAUUCAUGUUUGAUCGUGACUGCACCUAAUGCCACCGAGCUUGUGCAGUCCAUCAAGGCGUUGAACCCGACAAACUUGCCAAAUAUUGCUGCCAUUGACGUGGAGACGGAAGUGUGGGCAAACGGUGCCGUCGAAGGUUCAGAUUUGGAUGGAAUGAGGUUCCAGCAGUUUUUAGAUAGCUUUGCUAAUACGAUGAGGGACAAGCUGUUGGAUGCAUGCAAGGAACACGGUGAUUGCCGAUCUGAGGGUGUCUUACUGCGGGCGCCGCCAGAGAACCAUGGUGCAACUGUGGAUGACACUAGGUCUGCCAAUCGUAAGAAACGCUGUAUGGGACGGUUGAUGAAGCAGAAAGGAGAUUUGCUAAUGCUAGCUGGUGAAACUGUUGCAGCAAUAGCAUGGUAUGCAGAGGCGUAUGAGGUACUGAAAGGUAUUAACGACUCAUUGUGGAUUGGUGGCGCUUUGCUGGGAUAUUCCUGUGCAUUGCAUCGGCUAAGGCAGCAGGCUGAUUACUUAGAGGCUCGCGGUGAAGUGCUCAGUUCUAAAAUGGACGGCCCUGCGGUCCCUUCGUUUCAAGAAGGAUCACCCACCUUCAAGUCUGAGGACCGGCUUCGCCUCUCUCCAUCUCCGAGCCCUGUAACGAGUGAGCCACGUUUGAAGACAUUUUCGCCUAUCUCAUCCCCCGUACUCGGUCACAAGGAGGGUAUUGGCCGCGGCUCCGACACAUCCGCCGGCAUCAACUCGUCCCUGCUCAGAAGUACCAGCGGUUCCUCGGUGAUUGUGUGCGGCGUUCCUGUGCGCACCAUCAUGAUUUCUGACAACUGGGCGAGGCGCAAGUCGGCUGUUACUGUCGACGGAGGUGUCAGGGAAGCUAUCGCGCAGUUUUCUCGUGUCGAAGGCGCUAUGCUGUUUGAAGCCGAGUGUAGCAUGCUGCUUGUUCGCCUGCUGAUGGAACUCAAGAAAAAUGUUGAAGCAGCUGCGUUACUCUCAGAAACCAUGAGUGUCGACUAUACUCUGGACUUCUCUGAAAAGCUUGUUUUACUAAUAACUGCUGGUAAGUUAUUCCGUACAAUGGGCUUUGAAAGGAAGGCUGCCUUUGCAUUCCGCCUGGGGGCGCUACAGCGAGUGCGGUCGUCAAGACCCAGUGUGACAGCAUGGAAGGAGGCAUAUAUGUUGCUGAGCAACUGCCUCGAGGGUUUUGGCCUUGACAACAGUCUGCCGAGAUUUUUAAACGGCCACCAUUUUGGCUGGCACCGACUCCAAUGCUGCAUAUUGCGAGAAUUGUCCUUCUUGGCACAUCGUUCCGGCAAUGGAGUACUUGCGAUAAGCCACUCGCUUGUACUCCUCCAUGCUCAUCACAUGCAUAUGGCGGAAAAAGAGAUCGCCGAACUUAUCAAGCAGCUCAACGAACUAACGCAUGCAAUACGCAGCCUUCAUCAGCAGAUGCGCUUGGAAGUUCUUCCUGAGUGGAUGCUGAACAAGCUACCGAAAGUCACGUCCUUCCGCCCUGUUUCAUUACCACAACACUUGCUGCCACUGCCCAUUGAGGAGAAGGCCCAAUCUGGACCAUUCAUCUUCAGCUCCCUUCGUCAAACUGGCGAGCCAUCACAGGAAGAACAAGUGGUGUGGGUACAAGGUUCUUCAGCGGAAGUGUCCGUAGAGCUAACCAAUCCUCUUUCCUGUGAAAUCCGCAUUGAGAAAAUGGCAUUACUAACAGAAGGAGCAGCAUUUGAAGCAGUGCCGACAUCCAUAUCGCUCGCACCUAACAAUGAGCCCUACAGCUGUGUACUCAUUGGUAUUCCGAAAGCAGUUGGCCAGGUCACCUUACUUGGCUACGUUGCACACUUCUAUGAGGUGGAGCACACGGUGCGCGUUGCCAUCACCAAGGGCAUCAGCAAGAACAUACGCGUAGUGCCGCAGCUGCCGUUCCUGACCGUACGCAACCUGCUGGACUCGCCGGACGUUCCCCGCCGCAGCAGCUCAUUCACCGUGCCCACCUCCGGUAGCAAUCACGCUCUGCAGUGCAGCAAUUCUCUAUCACGCGUUUCAAACUUGUUGAGCGGCACGGGCAGCAGCUCUUCUCCGUCCGUUUCUCGUUCCACGUCGGUCGCGUCGACUAGCGGCACUGCUCUUGGUCGGGUCUCACCGCCGUACGUGUGUGGCAGCACAGUGCUACGUAGACAGAAGGGAGGUGCCAAGCACUCCGUCUAUUCCGUCGAGCUCAAUCUGCAUCCCGGACAGAGCUCGUGUGUAAGUCUGAUGUUGGCAAAUCGAGGAGACCGGCCCGUUACCUCCGUCAAGUUCCUGUGUGAGGAGAAGCCACAGCAACCAGAAGGCUCACCUUUUGCACUAACGUGGAGCGAGGACAUCGUCGCUGCAACACUGCCCAUCGGCCCCGACAGCAGUCUGGUUGUCCCCGUCACGGUGCAACUGCACAAGUGGCAUCAGCAACUGGCUGCCACACAGUCUGGCACAGGUGGAUUGCUAAUAUGUCAAUGUCAAGUCAUGUACACUGGAGAUGAAGGUCGUGAGGCAGGUCUGCAGCGAUCAUGUCGCGUUGAGUUUAGGAUCAGAAUCUUGCCGAUUCUGGAACUCUACGAUCUGGAUGCACAGUCCAAUUUGAAUUCUCCGGAGCUAUUCAAUCUCUCAUUCAUGGCAAUGAAUUGUAGCGAGACGCAAAUAAACUUGUCGACAUCCUGGGAAGGGGAGAAGAUAGAGGGUGCAUCUACUUCUGAAGCUGUUGACAUUGCACCUCUUUCAUCAGCCCGGGUGACGUUGAGCAUACCUCGGCUUCAUCUACAAACUCAGACUGCCACUGUCUCCACGCUAAUGUCAGCAAAGGAAUCACAGAGCCUAGCAGAGCGCUAUAUGGAGUACUUCUCGUCAAACAUUGCCAUUGAAUGGCUCAACGUAAUGGAGGCUGGCGGGUCAUUCCACUUCUCUGGCCGACGGCUGCAGGCACGGUCUCAUCUGCUGCAUAACUUUUUACCGGAGACUCUUGUCUACGCUAUCACUGUGAAUGGAUCUGCAGAGCAUCGGCUUGAUGAUCUGCCUCUGAUGGCACCAGUGCCAGUCAUAGUGCGUGUCACCAACAAGUCUGCUGAUUCUGUAGGCCCAAUGCUGAUGCAACUGCGUUUGCACGAGGCGCUGGGCAAUGGCUACAUUGACACGGAGCUCUCUGGCAAGUGUGCAGUGACUGGUUGUACCACCAUGCCUGUCACCAAGCUGCAGAGCAUGGAAUCCUGCGAGUUCACCUCUGAGAUUGUGCUCUUUGCACCGGGCAAGUACACAAUGUAUGUACGCACUGUUAAGGUUGAGUUAAUACCGCAACAGCAGUCUACAAAUGGUUCUAUGUCGCCGACCAAAUCCGCAACGGGCGCCUUCUCUUCUUCACAUAGCAUCACGCUGUGCCCAGCACAGAUUUCAUAAUGGCAUCUAUCCUUGGAGCAGCGGUGGGCGAUAGCGGCCCUCUACUGUUCUCCGAAUCCAUCUAAUCCAGACUGGUGGGGUAACAUCUACCUGUUGCUGCGAGUAUUAAAUGCGAACCAGGCAUGGUUUUACCUUUUAUUAAUCACGGUGUAUAUCCUGGGCUUGCGGACAGCUUAUGCUGCUGACCUGAGAUCAUGGACUUCUUAUGUUGCUGACCAGAGAUGCUGGCAUCUUGGUUACUGGCAUUGCUUUUUCAUUGUUGUUCUGAUUACAAUGUUGCGCCCGCCAUUUCUCUCUCUCUCUCUCUCUCUCUCUCUCUCUCUCUCUCUCUUUCUGUUUGUCUCUGUGACUGUGUCUGUUUACCUGUCUGUCUUUCAGUUUCUUUGCAUGCCUUUUUUGUUUUCCUUGUUCCUUUGACUCGUGCUGCUGUAUUGUCUGUGUAGUCCGACAGUGAUCUUCAAGCACACAAUACUGCAGCAUGCUUGAUUUUUGAAUCACUGCUUUGUUUUUCCUGACCUACCGGUAUCCUCCGCUUUAUCAUCCAGUGCACUGCUCAUAUUCGCACGAGCCCCCGUUACCCAAUAGCAUACAUUCCCAGACAACCCUGGCUGGACUAACGCCACAUCUACUUAUGUCUAGCACACACAUGCACAGGAUGACAUGUUGCAUUGUGCUGUACGAGGCACGCCUGAUUUACUCCCCUCGCUGCAAUCGCACUCCUUAUUUUUCCUCACCCGGUCUUACUAGGACAGACAUAACGUUACUAUGCACACAGUGCGGUUUCCUUAUUUAUGUGUGCAACUAAAUCAUGUUUGAAUACUUCCUCCAUCCGCCUUGCGGGAAGAGGCCUUUUAGUUUCCGGUUACACAUAUUUAGUGCAUUGUCAUGCUUUUUUGCCCGCUUUCGCUUCCUUUUUGCUUUCUUUUUACCUUCUUCUAACAAUGCAUUUUAGGUACAACCAGUGGCUUUCGUGUCAUUAUUUCCCCUCGUUUUUAGAAGCGAGGUGUUUCAGAAUGAAGACUACCAGACCGUGA